GCUUCCGGCCUCGCGCUGCGAUGGCGGCGUCGGGCAGCGAGGAGGAGCGGGCGGGUGGCGCGGCGCUGGGCGCGGGGCAGUGUCACCCCGGCGUGGCGCGACGGCGUGGGCGGACGCUUCUGGUGCGGCACCUGCCCGCCGAGCUGACUGCGGCGGAGAAGGAGGACCUGCUGCAGCACUUCGGGGCAGUGGCCGUGCGCGUCCUGUCGGACCACGGGCGGCUGAAACAUACUGCUUUUGCUACUUUUCCUAGUGAAAAUGCUGCUGUAAAGGCUUUGUCAAGACUGCAUCAGCUGAAACUUUUAGGGCACACAUUAGUUGUUGAAUUUGCAAAGGAGCAAGAUAGCGUGCAGGUACUUAACCAGCCUUCACUGUCAGACAAAUGUAAAAGUUCAGAAGAGCCGGUGAAAGAAGAAGAGAAGAGAGAGCCAAGCUGUCUUAAAAUAGAGAAUGGAAUUGCACCUAGCCAUGGCCUCACAUUUCCCAUCAAUUCUUGCCUCAAGUAUCUGUAUCCACCACCUUCAAGCACAAUUCUAGCAAAUAUAGCAAAUGCCUUGGCAAGCGUGCCCAAGUUUUAUGUCCAGGUACUUCAUCUGAUGAAUAAAAUGAAUCUUCCUCCGCCUUUUGGACCAAUUACUGCUCGCCCUCCCAUGUAUGAAGAGUAUUUACCAGUGCCUGUGCCACCCCCACCAAUUCCACCUUUGCCUCCUGAGGAGCCUCCUUUGCCCGAAGAGGAAGAAGAGCAAGUCUCUAGUGGAGAUGAAUCAGAAUAUGAAAGUGAUAACGCGGAGGAAAAAGAGAGAAUGACCAAAUUGAUGGAAUUAGCGACCCUUCAACCUAAAAGACCAAUAAACACGAAGAAGCGUGGUGUUAGAAAAAGGCAAAGAAUUAAGGACUUACUGAAUGUUCCCACAUGUACUCCCCACAGUAAUUUGCACCCUACCCUGUCACCUUCAGAUGUCUUUGAGCAACCACAGCAUGUAGGUCUUAAAAAGAUUGAGUUCCAUAUUACUACUGACAUCCCAUCUGUUCUUCAGAUAAAUUCGGAAAGAGAAGAAAAAAAUGAUCUUUGUGCCACCACAGAAGAAAUCAAUAAUACAGGAUUUGGAAGAAUUUUCCCAACUCCUAGCUCAAAUGAUAAAAUGGAAAUAGAGGAAGAAGAUGAUGAAAUACCAUCAGAGUUUAUUUCUAGAAGAGAACUAGAGAAAAACAGACUUUCUAGAGAAGAAAUGGAAAAAUUUUCUGUUUUUAAAAACUAUGAGCCAGGUGAACCAAAUUGCCGGAUAUACGUGAAGAAUUUGGCUAAACAAGUGCAAGAAAAGGAUCUCAAGUUCAUUUUUGGAAGAUAUGUUGACUUUGAGUCUGAACUGGAACGAAAUAUGUUCGAUAUACGUUUAAUGAAAGAAGGCCGUAUGAAGGGUCAGGCUUUCAUUGGACUUCCUAAUGAAAAAGCAGCUGCUAAAGCUUUAAAAGAAGCAAAUGGAUACGUCUUAUUUGAAAAACCCAUGGUCGUUCAAUUUGCUCGUUCAGCUAGACCAAAGCAGGAUUCCAAUGAAAUGAAAAGAAAAAAGUAGAACAUAGCAAAAGAAACAUUCCUGCGUAUAUACUGCAAUAAUACUGUCAUGCAGAGUGUAUCCUUUCUUGUUGUAUCCUUUUAUGUGCAAUGUUUCCUAUAGCACUCAACCACCUCUAAUUUCUCACCUAGAAUAGGUUUGGGGAGGAGCUUAUGCAUUUUAAAGCCUGAAUUAAUCUAUCAAUUUAAAAGUAGAACUUUUUCAGGGGGGGAAAAAAAAAAGAGUUAUCUCUUUUUAUCUGUUAUCUGUUGGGUGAAUAGUUGAAGUGAACUUUCCUAAUCUUAAAAGGUGGCUUUCACCUUUCUCUUCAAAGGUCAUAUCAUUUAUUUCAUUUCUGAUACAGUUCCUUAGCUUGUCUGAGCUAGAAGUGUUUCACUGGUGUGUGUGGAGCUGUGCUGGGCUCACAGCUGAGGAUGUCGUUCUUAAAUAAAUCAUUAGGUUUAAAGUAUGUCACAAGGCCACGAUUAAUGUUAUUGGAGGGUUAAUGUGUUCUUACAACAUUUGAUUACUGUUGUCCUACUGUAUGCGAAACUGUUGAUUUUCAGUUUGUACAUUUGUCUUUUGUUUUUGAACAGCAAAAUCCAACAGUGUCUCACAAUGCAGUUACAGAGUUCAGAAUUGAAUUAUUAGUCAUGGUUAACAUUUUUGUUGUUUCUUUGAUUGUUCUCUUCAAUGAGGUAGUGUUGGUGAUGGUGACUUUUUUUUUUUUAAUUAUCAUUUUGUAUUUGCAUUAUCAUUUUUCAUUUACUGUAAUACAAAACUAAUACAUUCUGCACCUGCUAAGUCAGUUUUUUUCAGAUACUCAGAAGUCUUACAAUCUCAACCAUCUUUCAAUUUAGUUGUCAAAAGAAAUCAUGUCACUGCUAGGAUCUAGUUGUUCACGCUGUUAACACACCUUUGUGAUGUUCCAGGUUCCUUUUGCGUUCCAUCCCAUCCACGAGUUCUCAAGCCUGGGGAGGAAGCAGUACAACCAUCGGCACUCUGGAACUGUGCGUAGAGCAUUUCUAAAGUACUUGAGGCAGAGUAUAAACUUCCUCAUCUUAAAGAUUCCAAGUAUGUUUGUCAGAAGGCUUACAUGAUAAGUGCAUGUUAGUUUGCUUUUGAAGUCUCUAAUAAAUUAUUUCUUUUCUCUCGA